AUGGGACGAAAACGGAAGUAUAACACGGUAGCUGACAUUGAAGAUGCAUUUCGCGCACCGAAAGGACAAGAAUCGGAGCUAGACCGCAAGCGGAGGACCAGGAGCAGAAAUGCGGCUUUGAAUCAACUGAGUAAACGUGAAGAGGCUGCCUUGACGGCAGCACUUGAGUCUACGAAUAUUAAGAUUGGCGAUGACUCUGUAGCGGUGAUGGAAAUGGUUAGCGAGGCGCUGGUGUCUGUGGAUGCUUAUUGA